UCCUCCUGCUCCUCCUGCUCCUCCUGCUCCUCCUGCUCCUGGGCUGCUGCUUCCGGCCUUCGGCUCAGCCGGGUCUGGCUCCUCCCCUUACUUCAGGAAAGCGGAAGCAGAGCCUCCUCCCUCCCCGCGCCCUCCCUCCGGUCCCCACUUCUCAUUGGCUUCCUCUGUGCCCGGAUCCGGUUCGGGGGCGUGGGGGGCAUGAACCCCCCUGGGGGAAGAAGGGCCCGGAGGCCCCGAGAGCAGGACCGGGAUGUGCGGCUGUCCAAGGCUCUGUCCUAUGCCCUGCGCCACGGGGCCGUUAAGCUGGGGCUGCCCAUGGGCUCAGACGGCUUCGUGCCCGUGGACGCCCUCCUGCGGCUGGCCCAGUUCCGCGACUUCUCCGAGGAGGACGUGCGCCGGGUGGUCAGCACCAACGCCAAGCAGCGCUUCGCCCUGCGCCCCGGCCCCCCGGGCUGCUGCGCCUCCAUCCGGGCCAACCAGGGCCACUCCCUGCAGGUGGCCGACCUGGAGCUGACCCCCCUCAGCGCCCCCCAAGACCUGCCUCCCGUUCUGGUCCACGGGACCUACCGGCGCCACUGGCGCUGCAUCCGCCGGGAGGGGCUGUCUCGGCGCGGGAGAACCCACAUCCACCUGUGCCCCGGCCUGCCCGAAGGACCCAAGGCUUUCUCAGCGGUUAGUGGGGCCCUGCGGGUCCCCUGGGGCCCCAAGGUCCCUGGGCUCUGUCCCCAAGGGAAUGCCCGAACUCCCAGGUGGCCGUUUCAUCCGGCCAAACCCCUCGGCCCCUCAAUAGUCCUCUAA